AGCUUCCACUUUAUUUUCGAAACCAAAAAGGAAAAUAAAACAAAAUAGGGGCAGACAGACAGGAGCUUCGUCGGAGCCCUAGCAGAGUCGCGGCCCCGUUGAAUCUCUCUCCCAGCUUUCUUCGCCCUGUUCGCUGGACAUUUCAAGCCUUCUCGACGACGAUCUUGGCUCGGCUCGAAGCCUCUUCUCUGUCGAAGGGUCGAAUCAAAGAUCUUAAAGUUCUCUCUUGAAGGGGCAAGUAUUUGGGUCUUUGCUCAACAAGAAAGAUUCUGAGAGAUGCCUCAAAGACACUCAAAGAACAAUAACGAUCUUGCCUUCUUCACAUAUGACGAGAAGCGAAAGCUUGGGUAUGGGACUCAGAAGGAGAGGUUGGGCAAGGAUUCAGUGAAACCUUUCGACGCAUGUUGCCUCUGUUUGAAGCCUUUUAUUGAUCCAAUGUGUUGCCAGAAAGGUCACGUUUUCUGCAAAGAGUGCAUCCUUGAGUGUUUGUUGGCUCAGAAGAAAGAUAUUCAAAGGAGGCUAGCUGCUCAUGCUGCACAACAGAAGCAAGACAAGGAAGAGGAGGAAGAAAAGCUAAUGCUACAGAAAGCCAGAGAGCUUGAUGCAUUUGAUCAACAGAACCAUGGGGCAGUGCCACAAUACAGUGAUAAGAACUACGCUCGAGAUAAGAAUGGAUUCCAUGGAGCGAACAGUGUGAAGGUCACUUCAUACGAAGAGGAAGCACUCCGAAACAUGAAAGCAUUUUGGCUCCCUUCAGCAACACCUGAAGCUUCUGUGAAAGUGGAGGCACCCUCCACCAGUACUCUGUGCCCAGAAGGGAGGGAAAAACUGAAGCUCAAGACCCUUUUCCCCAUCUACUUUACAGAAGAAGGCAGUAACGAACAGAAAAAAUCCAACUCUCUUGAUAAAACUUUUAUUUGCCCGAGCUGCAAGGCCACUCUGACCAAUACAAUGUCACUUGUGGCCCUUAGUUCAUGCGGGCAUGUCUUUUGCAAGAAGUGUGCGGACAAGUUUGUGGCUGUUGAUAAGGUUUGUCUUGUGUGCAACAAGGGAUGUAAAGAGAGGACUCUGGUAUGCUUGGAGAAAGGAGGGACAGGCUUCGCUGGCCAUGGGGAUCAUUUGGAAGCAACAGACUUCAAGCAUUUGGGAAGUGGCUCAGGUUUGGGGUUGGUGAGACCUGCUAUGAAGACUUGAGCUUGUGCUUAGACCAGGCUUGUUUUGUGACUUUCAUUAAGUUCCCUAUGUUGAGGUGCUUUUUAUGACUUUUGUCCGUGUACUUCAUUAUGGGCAUGUUUCUUGUGACAUAAACACUAGACAUCAUUACGUUGGUUUGCUCGUGCAACUUAGCCUUCAUCAAUUCAACUGUUGAUUCUUUUU